AUGGGCCGCCGCACGCGCUUGGAGCUGACGACCGGCAAACUUAUCGACAUUCUCGGCUGGGAAGGCCGCAAAGUUAUGGACUUUCCCUCGGCUCUCUUUAACGCGGCCUCCAUCAAGCCGGAGCUUGUCAUCGAUGACCAAGUCACGCUUCCUUCUGACUUGGACGUGAAGAUUGCUUGCUACUUCCUGUCCCAGAUGAUGAAGGUCCCGCCGAUGUCCUUCGUCUGCUAUCUUGGCUGGUCUGAAAUCACGUACGACGACAUUAUGUUCCAUUCCACCGCCGAGGCGCUGGGCAUGGGUUCUUUUACCCAGAAUAUCUUCUCGCUGUAUUUCAAGCGCGUUAACACCACUGUUCCCUCCGUCGCAAACAUCGAAGCCAUCGGCCGCGUUCGGACUCCACCGGGCGACAAGAUCUACAAACAGAUGGCGUACAACAUCGGCGUUAAGUACUUUGAUGGCAAGAUUGAGAACCGCGCGGCGUUUGAGGCGUAUCUCCAGACCAACCCUCGUCUUGCCGCUGCCGUUGCCGACACCGUGGACCGCAAGAGCAGGGCAGCUGCUAAGCUUGAAACGAAGGAAAAAGGCAAGGCUAAGUUUGAGGAGCGCGAGCUGAAACGACAGGAGAAGGCAUUUCGGACUACAGAGCAGCAGGGUCGCGAUGGGGCAAAACAAUCGACCCGUAAUCAAGCAGAACAACAGGAACGCGAGUUCCUGCUCGAGAAGGCAGAGGAGCGUAGGCACAUGGAGCGGGCGGUGCGUGAGAGCAUGCUUGAAAAGAAGCGCUUGGGCAAGAAGAUGACGCCUCAGGAGGCGAUCGCUCACGAGAAGCUUUUCGGUCGUCAUGUAGCCUGUUAA